AUGGAUUACCAGACGGCAUCUUCAGCCGCAGCGAGUGCCCCUCCUCCACCUUCCGGUGUCGUCGAUCCGCAUCAGUACUGCGGUGACGAUGCUUCGGUGGUUGCACGAUCUGUUGCCUAUCAUCUACCAGCUCAGGACGUCUCAUCGGCUGGAUCCUAUUAUUAUCCACCCCAACCGACUGAUAUGUGGAAUAUUGGACAGUUUCCAUGCAAUUUUCAACCAUCAGCAGUACCUCCUCCACAGAUCCAUCCACGGCAUCUACUCUACGGACAACAGGGUCUCGCACACUGCGGAAUGGAUCAGUUCUACAAUGUUUCGGCCUCGUCAUCCUUUCUUGGUAGUGACUUCAAUGGAUCAUCGGCACCAUAUUCUUCGCUUAUUCAACCCGUAGUUCAUUCCACUCCUCUACAAUUAGCCAUCGGAGAUACCCCUCAGCCGCUGACUAGCGAGCGAAUGGCACAAUACUUGUGCAACAGGGAUCAGUAUGACUGCGUGAUUACCAUCUUUCACGCGAAAGUCGCUCAGAAGUCGUACGGUAAUGAGAAGAGGUUCUUUUGUCCGCCUCCUUGUAUCUAUUUAAUGGGAGAAGGAUGGAAGGAAAAGCGUAGCCGGGUGGAAUCGCUGUACAAGUCGUUCAAAGAGCAUCAGAAACGAAUGGGAGUUGCUCCCGAGCUCGGUCCGGAACAUGAACGAAUUUCUGAACAACAAGCAAGCGAGUUGUGCGCAUUCAUCGGGAUAGGCGCACCGUCUGAUCAAGAACGGCAACAACUGGAUUUCUCGAAUGGGAAGGACUACUGUGCUGCAAAAACCCUUUACAUCAGCGAUUCCGACAAGAGAAAAUACUUUGAGUUAUCAAUACAGUUUUUCUACGGUUGCGGUGUCGAAAUAGGAUUGUUCUUAUCACAACGAAUCAAAGUGAUCAGCAAGCCAUCGAAAAAGAAGCAGAGUAUGAAGAAACACGGAUUGUAA